GAAUAGAUACUACGUCAAAAUAGACGACAAAUGGGAAUGGGUAUAAAAACUUGUUGAAAACAGAUGAACAAUUUCCUUUUUGUUAUCAAAUUUGUUUGAUUAGAUUGCUAACUUGCUAGUGUGGAAGUCAAUUAUUGCGUCACCAAAAUAAUAGUUUAAAAUUAAAUAAAAUGGCCGAAAUAGUUGAAAAAUAUAAUACGAAAUGUCCGGGAGUAAAACGAUUAAUGCGAGAAGCGAUCGAACUAGCCGAGGCCACUGAGGAAUAUUGUGCAAGGCCUUUGGAAGACAAUCUGUUUGAAUGGCACUUCACCGUACAAGGACCUAAAGGUACGGAAUUCGAAGGAGGCAUUUACCAUGGAAGAAUAUUACUACCUAAAGAAUAUCCCAUGCAUCCACCUCACAUCAUUUUAUUGACACCUAACGGCAGGUUUGAAAUUAACAAAAAAAUUUGUCUAUCUAUAUCUGGCCACCAUCCUGAGACAUGGCAGCCUUCAUGGUCAAUAAGGACUGCAUUGCUAGCUCUCAUUGCAUUCAUGCCAACGCCUGCCGAAGGCACGAUAGGCUCGCUUGACUAUACACCAGCAGAGCGUAAAAUAUUAGCUAAAAAGUCCACCAAUUGGUCUUGUUCUCAAUGUGGAGAAAUAAAGUUAUUAUUGUCGUCCACUGCUGCUAAACCUCUAACAGAAGAAGAGCAGUCCGUGUUGAACCAAAUAGCAUUCAAAGGCGAAGAUGAUCAAAGUUCCAAGCCGCCUCCACCUACAGAAGAAGAAACUCCAGAACCUGAACUACAAGUUUUGGAGUCUACUGAACCAGUUACUGGCUUUUUAGAUCAACUCACAGAAAUUCUUGUAGCACUUCUUGUAGGUGCAAUUGGAAUAUUCAUAUACAGGCGUUGGAAUGCUUUUUAUGCAGAAGCAGAAACUCAAUUGUAAAUGAUUUAAUAUUAUCAUAGAUUAAGUUCAAUAUGGUGUUUUCUUUGAUACUUCUAUUAAUAAACCAUUCCGCUAGUGCUAUUCAUAAUUUUAAAUUAAAAUUUCUAUAAAUUAGAAAGCAAAGCUUGUUUUGAACUAUAUUACUAAGUCAAAUGUUAGUAUUUUUGCAAUAAAUAUUUUAGAAGUGACUCAAAGAAAUGUUGCAUAUUAUGUUUUGUAAGUAAAUUAUUUUAUUAAAGAUUUGAUCUAAUUUGGUUAGUGUAAUAAAUCUAAUAUUCAUUGCUGCAGUAAACACUUGAAUUGUUACUAAUUGCUUUUUACCUAGAGAUAAACUACCAUUAAAAUAUAAACAAUUAAAAUAAAUAAAUUAAAGGAACAUAUAAAAAAAAUUUAUAAAUUGUAUAUUCUUGUAAAUCAAAUUUCAUUUAGCAUAAUUAUGUACUGUGAUUAAAAAGAUUAAUUGGUCACUGGUGGUUAAAUUUUCACAUUUCAUGUAGUUGAUAAGAGCUUAAAGUUAAUAUCUAUAUAGAAUAGAUUGUUUUUCUUUGAUUUAUGUGGCCAAUCUUUAAUUGUAAAAUGUAUGUUUAAUGAAAUUAUUGUCCUUAUUUAUUUUGAAAUUAAACAGCUCAUUAAUUUUGUACCUUAUUAAUUGGAAAUUUUGUUAAAUGUCUUAAUAGUGUGAAGGAACAGCAUCUAAUAAUAAAAAUAGUCAAAUGGAGUAAUCUCAGCCAUAUUAUGUGUUUCUGGCUAUUGAAUUCGACAAUCUCUAAUAUAUGAGAAACAGUUAAGUACUAUUGUAUUAUUGUAAUGAAAAUGAGCUUGUAAAUUUAUUGUCUUUGUAAAUAUUAUAAUUUCAAUAAACUCA